AUGUCCGCAGCCACACUCGCGCCAACACCCGCGUCGCAGCCCUCGACAUCGUCCGCUGCAAGCGCCUCAUCUCACAUCGACAACGCAGGCGCAACGACGGAGAAGGAGGGUCUGCAGGCACCCGACAUUUCCUCUCCGCAUCAGCUGAUCGAUUGGGUCGACACGGUGCUCGGCCAGCUCGAGACGCGGUUCGACGACAUGAAUGGACAGGUCACCGCGAGGAUGAACGAGAUGAGCAGCCGCAUCGAUGCGCUCGAGAGCUCAAUACAGGAUCUCAUUCAUGGCACGCUAGCACCCGCCGGCGCAUCAACGCCCAACGACGCCUGA